GGAUUUGAACACACAACCUUUGAGUUGCUAGACGUUUGUGUUGCAUGGCGUUCAUCCUCCCCGACCAACCUCCUUCUUCUCGUUUUAGCAUAAGUAACCUUCUGUCUUAUGCAACCAAAACAAAGUAACAUAUCAUACUAAUUUGAGUGUCACAGAUUUACAUUUACUAUGUGCAACUUUGGAGGCACAAUAUAAACAUGAUGGUAAUAUAUGGAUAGGCUCCUAAAGUUUCACCCUGGUGGAUGAAUUCCUUGGCGUGGCGUGAAUGUUUAAUAUCAUUCACCGAGAUACCCAUCUCACCCAAUCCGUUCAAAAAAAGGUCUGAGGAGACGAAGGUGAUGACGUUUGAGCGAAACCGGAGCAGCGCGGGGCUGGUUCUGUAUAAAUAGCCUACAAAAGUUUCAAAGCAACAACAAAAGCAAGUACAGCACCCAUGAGCAGAAAGAGUGAGGACCUGAGCUGCGAAAUAGAAAGGGAGAGAAAAAUACCAAAGACACGGAUAGUUGCCAAGAGAACUCAGCUGAAGUUUGAGUUGUUUCACUUUCUCUCAGUUCAAGCGCAAGAUUUUGAGCACCAUGGACAGCAUCAGGGUCGGAGCACUCGUCUACCUGGGCGUCUGUCUGUCCGUCUUCAGUGUAAUUUGCCAGGGGCAGAUGUCAGACGACAGACUCUCUUCACAAGAGGAACAAUUUCCACUGGGAUAUGUCACCAGAGAUUUGUCUGAUGCGUUCGAGGGGCUUCUGGAAGGCGUGCAGCAAGACAACAGGAUAGGUCUAUCAGUGGAGAAAAAAGCAAGUCUGAUUCCACGGUGUGAUAUUGGAGAGCGGUGCGCUAUGAAGCACGGGCCGCGCAUCGGAAGGCUUUGUGACUGUCUUCGAGGCACCGCGUGCAACACAUUCUUCCUGCGUUGUUACUGACCCCGGUCACAGACCUAUACCCUCAGGCGCACAACAUUUCCGAGACCCAGGCGUGUGAUACUCCCAUGCACCUAUGCCGUUACCAAUGUAAAUGUCAGUCUGCAUGCAUGACUUUGUCUUGAAUUCCUUUGUCUUCUCGAAGUAUAAGUAAAUGUAUUUAUUUGUU